GAACAGAGUCAAGAUGUGGGUUCUGGGAGGAGGAGCUUAGAGUCCAGAGCUGGUGAGGUUGACCCAUGAGGUCACAAUGUGGUCUCCAUGGAACAGAGCAUGGGCGGGGUCCCCCUCCCAGCCAGAAGGCAGGGCAGAAGCAGCAUGGGCUGUGGCCCCCAGUGGUGACCAGCCCUGCCAUGGGAAACAACAGUUCUCACAAGAGGACCAAAGUGCCCAAGCAGGCCCGUAAAGAGAGGCCGCCCGACAUGGACAAGGCUGGGCGGAAACAGCAGCUCUUCAGCCACCUCAAGCAGAAGAAGCCAAGUGCCAAGAUCGUGCUGCUUUUCCCCUUGGACAAGCGGCAGCAGCUAGCCGAGGUGGCGGCGGGCCCGGGCGCGCGGCCUCGACGGCCAGGCGAGGAUGCGACGGGCGCCCCGGAGGGAUCCCCCGCGGCGGCGGCGGCGCCCAUGCUGCGAGGAGCGGGCGACGGUGUUGAUCGGCGCGAGGGCGCACGAGGGAGAGAGAUGAAGAAGAUCUUGGUCCUGCUGCUGCUGCUGGACGCGCGGCUGCAGGAGGAGGGGCGCUGCGCGGCGGGCGCGCCCGGGGGCGGGGCCGGAUCAGGGGGCGGAGCCAACGCGGAACAGGGCUGGCAGCGGCUGUAUGCGCGUCUACUGACCGAGAGCGAGGUGGACCGCGAGGCCAAGCACGCCGAGGAGCAGCCGCGCAAGCGGCACCGCUGCCCUCGCCCGCGACCCUGAGUGUCCGGACCGGCCCCCGGCCCCCGGCCCAAUAAAGAGCGCAUAGCAACCCUGACGCCAGCUAGCUCUGUCCGAGGUGG